AUGAACUAUCGACGCCCACAUCCAGCCGCCGAUCCUGACUUCGAUGCGCGUAAUGCAGAGGUCGAGCCUGAUUCUCGUCUGCAAGACGGGUUCAUCAAAAUGCUCUUGGUCCUACCCAAUUGCAUGCCCGAUGCCAGAGACAGGGAUCUUAUUGAGAGGAAGACGGAACUCAUCCAGAACCCGAACCUCAAGGCGAAGCUUUAUAUGCCAGAGUCAGAGAAAGACUCAGCUUUCGUUUCUUUAGGAGCUACAAGUAAACUCUUCAUGCAGCAAGGCAUUACAACUGCGGUAGAGUACUUCGGCAGAAGCCAUGAAAGCUUGGCUAUGCUCGAAGGGCCGCUUCUUCUCGUGCAGAUUCCUGCCAUUGGUCGUGAAAACUUCCUGGUUCGGGAACAUCCUCUCAAGGUUGACGAUCACCGACGUUUGGAGAUAACCGCCCUACCACCCCAGCAAUCGGAGGUAUGGCGGUAUUGCCUCGAUUCAACAACGCGAGCGUCCCCUGAGAUAUUUACUCCCGCCUCCCAUCGUAUCGAUUCGUUAGAGGAUGUGCCUCUUGAAACAACGGUGGUCGUUUUCACGCCGUCUCUCCGCUUCGAUAUGAAACUUCAGGGUUUCGCUGGCCGAGAGAACAGCAGUAAGGCAAACAUGGGUCUUGUUCGGCCUAGUAUCUUCAAAAGAGAACUCCGGAACCGCGAAAAAUACAUCGUAUCCGCUAACCCAGGGGGUGCUUUCGAUUGGGAUUUGGAGGUCCUAAUCCGUGAAUCGCAGGACAAUUUGGAUGAUAGACUACGGCAGCUUGAUCGUUUUAUGAAGGUCAAAACAGAGCCAGAUGGAACUUACCGACCAUUUUUCGAAGACAAACUAGUCCAGAAGGCUAUCGGUGUUACUGUAAUCAGCACCAAAUCGGCACGCAUAUAUGAAAUGGGGCUGUACCAAGUCGAACUCGCAGUAUACAUCGACUGGGAUCCUUACACCGGAAAGCGCCUUUGGCAGUCCUGUGCUAUGUCGCUGUACAGUGUCGACUGGAAUGAAGUCCUCGAAAGGCGCAACCUUGCGCUUGGCCCGCGCGACUUUGGCGUUUGCAACUCCGCCUUGCUCUCCGUUGGACCUGACGACAAACUGGAAGACGGUGCGGCAAUAUUGCUGGAAACCGUCGAGAAGCUCCAGAAGUUUCUCAUGGAUCUAGUCUGUGAGUCAAAUGUUGGGAUGGACAUUGAACAGACGACACAAGCAGAACCGCAUGAUGUUGAAGUUGCGACUGAGAACGAGGUUCUGGCCGAUACCGUAACUCAACAUGUACAGAAUGUCAACAUAAAGGCCUCGAAGUCUCUGAAGCUCAUCAACACAAAGCCCGAGACGAACGCCGAGACCAAAGCCAAAAGGCCCCAGCCCAAGAAGAAGUCAUAUCGGCGAUAG